AUGUGGCGAUUGAAGCAUAUGAUGGGGUUGGAGGGUCACCAUAGCCCCGGCGGGAACCAGACCGCGGGACCGUUGGAGGGCAAGGCUGUGGAGGUGGGUCGCGUUCAGGUGCAGGUUCGCUCCACCAUCGCUCAAGGCGGCUUCGCCUUCGUGUACCUCGCGCGCUGCGCGCACUCGGGCCGCGCGUACGCGUUAAAGCACAUCGUCUGCAGCGAUCCCGAUACCAUGGAGCAGGUCCAGCGAGAGGUCUCGAUUCUCAUGGCUUUAAGAGGCCAUCCCAAUAUAGUCACACUCCACGCGCACGCGCUCUUGGAUUCCGCCGGAUCGGCCGGAUUAGGGUCUGCUGGCGUGGCAGCUGCUGGCGCGGGAGGGAUGGGGCACGGCGGAGCGGGUAUGGGUGGCGGAGGGAGCGGGCGGAAGGAGGUGUUUCUGUUGAUGGAGCAUUGCGAGCGGACGCUCGUGGAUGUCAUGGCGGCGCGGGGGACGACGCCGUUUGACGAGAAGACGCUGCUGCUCACGUUCCGCGACGUGUGCAACGCCGUGUUCGCCAUGCACUGCCAGCACCCGCCCGUCGCGCACAGGGACCUGAAGGCGGAGAACGUGCUGCAGUGCGGCGACGGGUCGUGGCGGCUGUGCGACUUCGGCAGCGCGAGCACGCGGCACCGGCGCAUCGAGCGCGUGGAGGACAUGGGGGUCGAAGAGGACGUGAUCCGGCGCAACACCACCCCCGCCUACCGCGCCCCUGAGCUGUGGGACCUCUAUCAAAAGGAGAUGCUGAGCGAGAAGGUUGACAUAUGGGCGCUGGGCUGCCUGCUGUACCGCAUGGCAUACUUCCGGUCGGCGUUUGACGGGGAGUCCAAGCUGCAGGUGCUGAACGGGCGCUACAGCAUCCCGGACGCCCCGCGCUACUCCCCCGCCGUGCCCGCGCUCAUCCGCGACCUCCUCGCCAUGCAGCCCCACUGCCGCCCCGACGUGCUGCAGGUAUGGCGCCGGUCAACAGCAGGACAACCUUCAUCAUCGUCAUCAGCAGCAGCAUCCCCGCAACGAUCGCCACCGCGGUCGCGACUGGCGGCAGGAGCAGAGGAGGUGGAGCGGCUGCGAGGGGAGCUGCAGAGGGUGUUGCAGGAGCGGGAUGAGCUGCGGGUGACGUGCAGCAAGCUCACUCUCGUGGUGCAGACCCAGCAGGCAGACAUCGCUGCUCUGCAGGCCGCACUGGCCCAGCAGCAGCAGCAGCAGCAGCAGCAGCAGCAGCAGCAGCAGCAGCAGCAGCAGCAGCAGGAGGGUGGAGCCAGCAGGGGCAGCAAUGCUGAUGCACAAGGGUCUAGUGCUGCUCGCCGUGCUACAAAUGAUGCAGGGGCUGAGAAGAAUGAGGCGGUGAGCAGCAGUGGUGGUUCUAGGAGUCAGACGGUGCUGCCCUUUGUGUCGACAGGGCUUGGGGAGUUUUUCCCUGGUUAG